GUGACUGAGCACUUCUAUGGACACAGACCCCACCGCACACAGCCCAUAGGAUUCUGGGAAGUGCUCCUGCCUGAGAGAACACUCAUCUCAGAAGGAGGAAGGACAGUAGAGGCCAGGUGCCUUGCAGGAGCUGAAGGUGUUCUCCUCAGAGAAAGGCCAAUAUAGUGAGAAGAGAUAUGGAGUUGUCAUCUGAACUUUUCAGCAACGGGUGUACCUCCUGGCAGAGGGUUCUCCUCACAGCCUCUCUUUUCAUCUGUGUGCGUCCUACUACCCUUAUAUCUCCGACUAUUGAAUUAGUGCCAGCCAGCGUUGCUGCAGGGGGAAGCAUUCUUCUCCUUGUUCACAAUAUUCCAAAGUAUCUUCAAUCGCUUUUCUGGUACAAAGGGCUGAUUGCAUUUAACAAGGUUGAGAUUGCUCGAUACAGAACAGCCAAGAAUUCAGGGGAACCUGGUCCGGCCCACAGCGGUAGAGAGACAGUGUAUAGCAAUGGAUCACUGCUGCUCCAGAAUGUCACCUGGAAAGACACAGGAUUCUACACCCUACGAACUCUGACUCGAUAUCAGAAAAUGGAAUUCGCACACAUUUACCUUCAGGUGGACACCUCCCAUUCCUUGUGCUGUGACACUCUCGACUCUGCCCAACUCAGCAUUGAUCCAGUGCCACGGCACGCUGCUGAGGGAGGAAGUGUUCUUCUCCAGGUCCAUAAUCUGCCAGAAGAUGUGCAAACCUUUUCCUGGUACAAAGGUGUGCUUAGUACUCAGGACUUUAAAAUUGCAGAAUAUAGCAUAGCAACGAAGUCCAUCAUCAGAGGCCGUGCACACAGCAGAAGAGAGAUAGGGUACACCAACGGAUCCCUGCUGCUCCAGGAUGUCACUGAGAAAGACUCUGGCUUAUACACACUAAUAACAAUAGACAGCAAUGUGAGAGUUGUAACAGCACAUGUCCAAGUCAACAUCCAUCGUAAGUGACUCUCUAUGGCUUCCAACUGCUGGGUGUGGCUUAUUGUACCUAAUAAGUCAACUCUAAGGAGUUGGUUGUGCCUGCUAUCUCCUCCACUGCAUUUUUCAUCACAUUGGUAUUUGGGCACUUGCUGCAGGGCACACAUGGGCUGUACCAACACCAUGAGGUCAGAACCCUUCACCUUUCUUUUCAUGCAGAGUUACCUAUCAUGUGCUGGAAAAACUCAGCCCAAGAAUGUGAGACUCAGCAUUGACCCUUGGGACUCUCACCAUGCCUAUAUCCCUAAUAUAGACUCCCUCUGUGGAGGUAGCAUAAGCUCUAGCUGAGGAAGCUGUGGAGUCCCCACACAGAGCACUAUGAGGCCUGGAUGGAAAUCUCUGUGAAACUUAGAAAUAUUUUUGUUUUUGCUUGGCUUUGAAUUCCUGUUGGAGCUGACACGGUACAAGGCUGUCUAACUUGUGUCAACAUCCAGUGCACUGUCAGGAGCCACAGUUAUGAUAGUUACCCUGGACAUCUUCCACAGAGACUCACCCAGGAAUGCAUUGCUGGAGAGGACAAUCUGGGAUCCCAGGCCCCUAACUAGCUGUUUGGAUGGCCUUAUUAGGCUUCACAGGAAGGCCAGUGUCUCCAUAGUGAUGGACAAAGGACACAGGUCCUUUUGGCAAGUGUAUGUCCUCUGAUGUCCACCUUCUGGAAUUCUUUCCUGCAGGCAAACAUUUCAGAGUUGCCACCUUAAGAGCAUCCAGAAAGAGGUGAAAUUCCGUUGCUGCUCCCUAGAUGGCAAAGUUACUCAGCCCAAGACCUCAGAGUCUGCCCCAUCUCUUGAGGCCCCUGUCAUACUCAGAAUGGCAGAAAACUCGAAAUAUAAUUCCAGAAUGCA